CUUAUUCCACUCUCGCCUCCGCCGAGUAAUAAUCGGAGAAUAGCGCCGGAAAUUGCCUCCAUUUCGGUUCGAUCUGAGCGAAAUGGAUGAACCUGAGAAGCAGAACGAUCUGGAAGUCAAGAGGCUGAGUCUCAUUGACGUUUCUCGCGAGGACGAUUGCCUCUUCAAUUCGCCUAUAAUUGACCCUAUCAACCCUAAAUCUCCAGAGAAAGGGAAUGAUAAAAGUGUCCAUUUCUCAGAUGGUGCGCGUCUGAACAAUGUUGAAAAAUCAGCAGACUUUCUUGAUGCGAUAGAUGUAAGGGAACCAUCUGAGUUUUCAGAACCAGAAAAUGGGAGAAAAAGUGAAAAGUAUAAUCUGCGCAAUAGUUUAGCCUGGGAUAGUGCUUUCUUUACAAGUGAUGGUGUUCUGGAUCCAGAGGAGUUGUCUAGCAUAAUUGGUGGCGCUGAGAAGUGUAAAAAACAUUUGUUGCCUAUUCAAGAGGACAUAAAUAGAUCUUGUGAUUCAUUGACGACAACAAUAGGGAGUGAUGCUUUGACAUUGGAAAGUCUUGAAGCUGAUUUGUUUGGAGAUAUAAGGGCAUCGAUACAAAAAUCAACUAAGGCAUCUGUUAAUGCAAAUUCAAGUGUUAAAAAGGAAUCUGGAGUAGCAGAAACACAAACUGUCUUAUUUUCAGCUCUAAAGAAGGUGGAGCCUGCUUCUCAGAAUAAGAUGAAUCUAAAAGCUUCUCCAACAAAACCAAGUGUUGGCAUUCAAGCAUCUGGGAAAAAAUCAUUGAAGCAGGUCUCUGUCCGUCCACUAGUUUCAAAGAUGGCUGCUAGAACUAGAGAAUCAUCUUCAGCCCUUCCAAAGCUGCCCAAAGUACAAAGUGUUGUCACCCCCAUCCCAAAAACAUCAAGCAAGAAGGAUUUGAUUGUGCCUAAGCAUGUAAAAAUGGAAAAGGAUGCAAAAAGUGGGAAUGUUGUAAGGGCUCCAGUGUUGAAAACUCCUGUUGGUGGCUCUAGAAACAUCAUUCCUAGGACUAAACCACAUUCAAGGACUUCAUCCUACUCUUCAGCCUCAAACAAGGCAGAGCUGACAACUUCUUGUUCCUCACUUGAUAGUUGUGGCAGUGCUUCAUCUUGCAGCAUGGCUAAAUCUCCAUUUAUUUCAAUGAAAAGAAAAAAUGAAUCAAGAACAGUUAAUAAUUCUUCAUCUGGUUCUAUUGUUACAAACCCAUCAAGAAUUGCAUCAGAAGGUAAAAUUCAAACCGGAAGCUCACAGCUCUCAGCUCUUCUGAAGUCUGUCACUUCGCUUUCAUCCAGCAUAUCUUCUGCUGGCUCCAUAAGUGCUUCACAGUCAUUAUCGCCAAAUUCUGCUGUCCGUCAAAGAUCUAAUAAUGCUAGAGCUAGCAUUGGCACUGGUUCUUGCAAGGGGGUUCGCACAUCAGGAAUAGGUUCUCAGGCUGUUGGCUCAUUAGGUGGGUGUGUAAAGAUGGUGCCAGCUGGAACUGCUGGACUUACUCAACCAGCUUCCAUGAAACCUUCAGGCCUCAGAUUGCCAUCGCCAAAAAUUGGCUUCUUUGAUGGGGUGAGAUCGUCUGGACGUUCUCCAAACGUGCUGUCUCGUCCUAGCAUUGUCAGCAGCUUGCCAAAAAGUGGACCAGGAACUGUUAGUCCAAGUGGAAGUUCAAACAGGUCAAACCUUGGAAGAACUCUAAUAGGUAGAACUCAAACUGCAAACCGGAGCACCAAAACUGCAAACCAGGGUGCCAAAACCGAUGUUAAGCAAACUUCUGGUGGAAAACCUAGAUCUUUGCUUCUUCAAGAAUCUCCAAAUGCUGUAAAGAAGGUCUCUAGUUCGUCAAGAAACAUAAAAAACAGUCACCACAAUCCUAGUAUUUCUCCCAUUCACGUUAAAUCAUCGCCUAGAAACAGGGGAGGAAGUCACUCAAAGGAUCUGGGAGUUGGAUCCAAAAGAUGUAGUGUAGCAAAAGGUGCUUCAAAUUUUGGUUUGGCUGAAAAGAAUGAGGCCCUUAUUUUCCCAGAACAAGUACUGGCCCCAGAAAUCAGCAAUGCUGCUUGUUUGAAGGACACCAAGAUUGUUCCUCCUAAUAGAAGGCCUCCGAACACUGGUGAUGAUGGAACUGACAACCAUCCUUCUCUGAAGACUGAUUCGAAUUUACAUUACAACACCAAUGAGAAGGAAGAAGCCCAUAAAGGUGCUGCUCCAAUCAGUCAAGUUGGAGCUGUGGAUGUAAAUUUGGAGACUCAGAAAGAACUCAUUGGUAACUCUUCUCCUACUUGUAGCCAAGAUGAAGUGCUUGUAAAUGACCAAUCAAAGCUUACUCCCCACUCUUCCCUAACAACCUCUGAAAUUACCACUGGCCCAAGGAUACCUCUUUCUGCCAAGAAUUCUAUUUGCAAUAGAGAUGGACCCAUCGACAUUUCAACAGGAUCAACAGUACUGCAGGCAGAGAAGAUAGCCACGUUGCCCAUUUCAGAGAACAUUUUGCCAGGAAACACUUGAAUGUCAUAUUCAUAUCUGGCUUUUAUUCUAUUGUGUCAGAUUCAAGUAGUUCAGGAUGUAGGGUAAAUCCAAAACAUGCGCAUCUCACUCUCACCUUGCUGCAAGUGCAACUGCUGCAAUUCAUUUCAGGUUCAGGACUGAUUUUGCUUAUGGUGAACAUGUAUUUAUAACCAUUCUUAGAAAAUGUUUGUUCGUCAUCAAUGGAUCAUUGAAUGUAUAUCUUGGGUUUUCUUCUUCUUCUUCAUUUUUUUUUUCUGUAGAAGCAGGCACUUGUGUUGUGAGA